AUGACUUUUAAUGUACGGUGGCUUUUCUCGGAUGAAAAGGGAAAAAGAGUCGGUUUAAUAUCCAAGUUUAAAUUAUAUGCUAUAAAGGUUAACAUAACAAUGAGAUUUUCAAGUGAAAAUAAUUUGGAAUUGUAUUUGAAAGACGAACAAGGAAACAAGAGAAAUAUCAUUGAAAAUGUUAAUACCUAUGGCACAUUUGUGACCGAUUCUAAAACGAUAGAUGUCAAUGCAAGAUCAAAUCUUUAUAUUGAUGGGAUUUCUAGCAGAGAAUAUCAAGAAAUAAGGAUAGCUUUCAUCAAAAUCAAGGUUAUUAGUAAUUCCAAUACCCAUGAUGAACGAGUCAAAGGAUCAUUUCGAAUCCCUGAUCCAUACGCCGUUACUAUCUCUGACGUCACAAACUUACGGUGCAUAAAUGGUGGCGGCAUAAAGAUGAGUAACACGAUAAAACUACUCAGAGAACUUCUGUCAAAAAAAGGAAUGCCAAGUGCUGUACAAAUAUACAGGAGAAAUGAUAGGUACUGGGAUAUAUUUGAACUAAAGUCAUCGAGAAGAUUUAUUUGUGAGCAAGAUAGUAUGUCGACCAACAGAUGUGAAAAAUCAACAGACCAUGACUUACCUAAUGAAGGCCUCCAAGAAGCAAAUGUAUUAGGGAUUGCUGCAAUCAUAGUAGGGUUGCUGGUUUUAAUUACUAUCUGCAUAGCUAGCAUCAUUGUUUACAAAUGGAAACAAUAUUCCAAAAAUAAACAAAAGACGAGAAACCCAUUUAUGGGUGUUUCAAACACGUUUGAAUUGACGUAUGAAAAAGUGGAAAGAACGACAAAUGUCGAAGAAGAAUACGACCACCUUCACCAAUAUCAAAAUAUUGGUCUAGCAUCAUCGUAAAUAUGAUAUGAUCACGGUAGACAGCCAGUAUUCCGGAUCCGGAGUACCCAAAUUUCGUCAUUAUUUGAAGACAACACCCUGCGUUGUUCUGUAAAUUAUUUUUGUGGUUUUUUUGGUAAUCAUAACCUGAAACAUUAUAAUGUAUUAAAAUAUUAACCAAAAAAAAUUGUAUAAUACAAAUAAAUCCACUAAAUACAUUGAUUAUCAAAUAUUUAAUGAAGCGAAUUCUGAAACUCAAAUACUGUCUAAUAUGUCAAUGAAUGAAAAUUAAUCAACACAAAAUCAAUCAAAGAAGACAGACCCAAUUCCAUUUGCGCAGAUAUAUAGCGCAGGUAAAAGGAGUGAUUGUCACAAUCACUAAAAGUCAAUGAAAAAUCGCUUAUGAUGCAUUAUAUAGCUGUUCAAUGUUAUUAAUACACAUUUUAUGUAGCAUCAGUAGUGGCUGACCUUGUAAUGAUUUAACAUGAAAAAAAUAUGUUUUUCAACAUAAUUUAACAAAUAAACAUGCACUAAUAUCUUUAAGGGAUGUCAAGUACUGUGGUGAGUUUUGUAUUAGUUCAAGUUAAUUAUAACCAUCUACAAAGGUAAGUUUACAGAAUUUGAGCCUGUGAACAAAUCAUUUACAUUUCGAUCCGCUUCAAAUCUCGUAUUGAAAAAAGAGUAAAAUCGCCUUUGUGCUUACGUUUAGAAGAAUUUUAUCAUGCACAAAUGUUAAACACACUCUGAUGGUUUUGUUUCAUAAAUCAACCUCUGAAUUAUGUACAUAAACUUUUUCUUAGAGUUUGGGCAGUACUUCUCAUGAUAAAUUGAAGAAAAAUAACGACAAACCGCAUUUGGCAUGUGCUCCCGUCAAGACAAAGUCGAAAACAUGGUCAUUUUUAAAAUAAUAUUUCAAUAUAAUCAUAUAAGUUUCAUAUUCUAAUUUGAAUAGAAAAUC